CGGACUGCGUAGCUAUCCGAAAACAUCUGCAUUCGUUGAACAGCGCCAUAGUUUAAAAGACAAGAGCUUUAAUUUCGUUUCCUUUCGUGCGAUGAACUGAUAAUGGAGAUGAAGGCAGUCUACCUUUUGUUGCUAGUGAUGGCAUUUACGCCACUAAAGGUGAGCAAAUACUUCAUAAUAGUCAUGAUGCAGAAAUAAAUCAAAUUGAAAACGCGUUCGCCAUUUGAAAUAGAUUUUGCCGUAAUCUGUAGUUCGUCUGUAAAGUCACCUGGACAAAUUAGGAAGCAUUGUCACAAUGUUUCGUCGAGUUUUUUUCUUGUUUUCCCGGCACCCUUGGAAACAUUCAGUUGUGGGAACAAAAUUCGCGUCACAGAAAGCAAACGAGUUUAGAAACAUUUUUUCAAGCUGACCAAGUGCGAUUUUUGUUACCGGAAUAAUUACUCCCAACAUUGAAUAGAAAAGAUGGGCUCCAGAUUGAUCAGAGAGAACCGGAGAGUUUCCGCAGAAAACCUGCGAUGUUUCAUAGAGUGGACCAAUACUGAAUCAAAAUAAAUACAGAAGUAACAGAACUUAACACAGAGUUAACAGUAUACUGGACCUUCACUGAACCUACAAAAAAACAGUUUAGAACUGAUAAAGCUAGGCAAUAGCCAGUAUAAGUAUAGCUAAUUAGCUACUUUACAGGGCCGAUAAGGAAUGAGCUUUACCGUGUACUUCUUCAGAGAACAGUAUCGUUAAAAACUGAUACAGCUGUUAUACAUAAAUAAAGUUUCAUAAUAGUCAGUCGGUUGCUAUCUCUGCUAAUCAUUGUGACAACAGUAUUAAAAUAUUUCCACGCCAUUUUUAGACCUGUGCAUUUUCGUUCGUUGUUAAACCUGCUGGUACUGCCAAAGUUACAGCUACGCCAGGCGAUCUUAUUAUAUACAACUCUCAUCUCGUCAUCACAGAAAACACUACACUCUCCUUCCAUGUCAGUUUGCCGUAUUCCCAAACCCCGAUUCUAAACGUGGAGAAAAUUGAAGUAAUCGGUAAAGGCAAAAACUUUCAGACUUCGCAACAGCUUUACAGCUAUGCCGAAGAAGAUUCAGCCAGCUUGAAUUCUCGUAGCCAGAGCUCUAUUGAUUUUGGAAAUGUAACUUGGAAUACAGGUUCUAAAAAACCUGGAGACGACUUGGUCGUGCAAGUACAAGCACGCUUAUUGAGUAAGUAGUACGCCCGUAUUCUAAAAGCUCACUCACACUCAAUGCGAGUGGAGGUUCAAUCUGAGCUUCUCUUGAGUGUCAUUGCUGUUUUCGAUUAGCUGGAGGGUGAGUAGUCACUGAAUAAGGUAUGACACUAGCCGUCCAGCUAUUCAAAAACAGCAAUGACACUCGAGAGAAGCUCAGAUUAAACUUGCACUCAUUGAGUGUGAGUGCGAGUGAGCUUUUAGAAUACGGACGGUUAAGUUGACAUACUUUUUGAAUACAUGGGUAGGUACAACGUGAUGUAAUCAAGUAAUACAAUAAUAUAAUGGAAAAUAAUGCACGCAGCACAACGCAACAUAACAACGCAACACAACGCAACGCAACAUGCACAAUAAUAUAACACCACCAUUCAACACAACAUAACACAAUGAAUAACAGGGCAAUACAGUGAAGUUUUUUUUGUUAUUUUCCAGAUCAUACCAGUGUCACAUCAGGGACAGUAUUUUGGUUGUAUUUCGGUAUGCAUUAUCUGAACGAUGCUGUUUGGGUUAUUGGAAAGUCUGUAAAAGUAGACUUGCAAAGCGGACCAGCUGAUGUUGGAGUGUCUCUGAAAAUACCAGACGGACAUAAACCAGAUAUGAGGUAUACCGGCACUCUUCUGUUCUUCCUGCUUUACAAAAUUGUCUUGAUUUGCCUACAAAAUUGUCUUGAUUUUGCUUUUUACUCGGAGAAAUUAGCCAUGUAAGCUACUCACAAAUUCGAGUAUAAAUAAAGUUUAUGUAUGUAUGUAUAUGUAUGUAUGUUACAAAAUUGUCUUAACUUGUGCUCAGUAUUUUAACAAUUUUGUGUUUAAUUAAUUGAGGUGGUAAAGGGCUGGUUCACAUUUCACGUGAAGAAAAACAGCCAUUUCACAUUUCACGUGUAAAAAAUAACAAUUUCACGAAAAUUACGUUUUUAACUGUGUAAAUUUUAUUUUCUGUCUUGAGUAUUUCAAAUGCUUGUCUUAAUCCGUUAGCCUAUUUUUACGUUUUCCAAAUUAAUUUCACCACUGAUACACGUUUUUUAAAACAAGCAAUAUAUGUAGUAAAAAUCAAGAAAAUACAUGCAUGCAGUAAAAUUAUUGCAUCCAAAAGCAUUGGCAUGCAUUGCUCUUCUUCAUGAUCGCACUUCUCAAUAUACUCGUUCAUUCUUCAAUCACGCGGCUCAUGGCUAAGCAUGUAAAUCACGUUUCACGCCACAAACAUGCGUUAUUUCCCAUUUCAAAGAAAACAAAUAUUGAAGUGCGUGGUGGUACAUUUCAUCUCUGGAGUUUGAAUCCUGCAAUAUUAUGUUGUCGCAUGUGCGAAGUGUGCUUCCAGUUUGACUGUAUUUAAACACCGUAAAUUUCCCUCGGUUAUUUUCGUCUGUUCCUCCUGCAAUUACCCUGGGCCAAUAAGGAAUGAUUCUUUAUGCCCACGCUCUAGGGAGAACAGUUAAAACGGAACUGAUAAAACUACUAGAAGUUAGUUUAACUUCUUUAGUAUAACGCUGUGACUAAAGAACUGAACCCAUACAGAACUGCUAUCCAGUAUAAUCUAAAUUAGUUUAUUUUAGCAGCAAUACUAACCACAGAAUACUUUCUUUCUUACAGUAAUUUCAAAUUUGAAAUUGAUAUCUAUCAUUUACCCGGCUCUAAAGGAUUCGCUUCCUCGCUAACCAUCACCCUGUCAGCCCCAUCAACCCUGACCUCACCAGUGGCCACUGCUGUCGGACCCUCGCCAGCUUUUGAUUUGUCGACGAGUGGCGGAAUUGUGAUUACGGUGAGUGCUUUAUUAGGGUCAGGGACGCCGGAACUGAGGGGGCGGCAGGAGGGGCAGCUGCCCCUCUUGCCUUUUGCUAGGAGGGGCAAGGGGGGGGGCAGAAGUGCCCUUUGAAUUAUAAAAUACUACCUGAUAAUCACAUGUGCAGUGAUGCUUUUUGGGCAAAAUCAUGAGGUGUGAUCUUGAAUGUGACCUGAUUAAGUGCGUUUGCUUUCAUUGGCAAGUCAAUACACAAUCAGGCAGGCCUAUAUCUCAUCAAACGUUAUCCCAUCCGUUUUGCCCCUUGCCUUUUUAUCAUUCCGGCGUCCCUGAUUAGGGUGUCUUAAUCUAAACUUAUACUAUAAACAAACUUACUCUAAUGUAACAUACCAAUAUAGCUGCUGCUAACUAAAUCACUGGCACCCUCCGAUUACAGAUUUUUAUAGGCAUCCCAAAUUCAUAGAUUAUUAUUAAAUUUCAACAUGGUCAUGCGUGCCCGAUCUAACUGACUAACCACCUAUCUAACCAAACAAAAAACAAACAAACAAACAAAAAACAAACAAACACAAACAAACAAACAAACAAACAAACAAACAAACAAACAAACAAACAAACAAACAAACAAACAAACAAACAAACAAACAAACAAACAAACAAACAAACAAACAAACAAACAAAACAAACAAACAAACAAACAAACAAACAAACAAACAAACAAACAAACAAACAAACAAACAAACAAACAAACAAACAAACAAACAAACAAACAAACAAACAAACAAACAAACAAACAAACAAACAAACAAACAAACAAACAAACAAACAAACAAACAAACAAACAAACAAACAAACGUAUGCACAUCAAGUUUACAGAGCCGUUGAAUGUUGGCCAAAGAGCAAAAAUCUCUAUUAAGAUGACUUAUGGUGGUUCUGACAAGGGAAAAUUCGUCUACGGUAAUAUCUAUGGCAGUUUUCAUUACAAAACAGAUCCAGAUGGCUCUGGCUCUUGUACUAACCUGCAAACUAUAGAAAAGAAGGAGAGUCUUCAAUUGGCAUUCAAAUAUUAUGUCGUGUCAGGUUAGUUUGAUUCGAUCAUUUUUACUUAGGGCCGCAUCCAUGACUUGGAAGUGGGCGUUUAUUAGAGAGAAGUGCAGUUUGUUGGAGAGCGGAUUUGCCAGAGAGGGAUGUGUAUUAUAGAGGAUAUAGUUGUUAGAGAGGGGCGUUUAUUACAGAAGAGAGUUGUUAGAGAGGGCCUGGUGUUUAUUACAAUGGAGAGUUGUUAGAGAGGGUGUUUAUUAGAGAGGGAUGUUUAUUAGAGAGGUUGAUUGUUAGGGAGGGGUGUUUAUUAGAGAGGUUAAUUGUUAGAGAGAGUUGUUUAUUAGAAAGGGGGGUUUAUUAUAGAGGAUAGUUGUUAGAGAGGGAUGUUUAUUACACAGGAGAGUUUUUAGAGAGGGCUGUUUAUUAGAGAGAUAUGCAGUUUGUUGGAGAACGGCUUUAUUAGAGAGGGCUCAGCUAGCUAGAGGUGCUCUAUUAGAAAGGGUUUCUAUUAGACAGGGGAGUUUCUUUGAAGGGUUGUUUAUAAAUAAUAAUGGGUGUUUACGAGAGAGAGAGGCUUAAUUAGAAAGAUAUGUGCCAGUGCAGGUAAUGACAAUAAUAAGAAAGCUUUGGAUUAGGAGGACUUUGUCGUUUCGAGCGAAGGCCCUUGUCGGGAGGUUGGAAACUUCCCGUACCUUCGCUCCUCCUUGUAUUUUUCAAGUAGUUGCAUCGCCAUCAAUAUCGUUUUCUUAAAAAGGGGUCAUAUUAUACAAAUUUACGCGAGUUGAGCCUAAAAAAUAAAAUCUACGUUUUUGCCCAUUCUUGUUCCUCCGCAGCGUGUUGUGUUGUCGCAAAGCAUGAGCGGGCAAACGGGAAACAUAUCUGGAAACAUUGAAAUGCUCAAAUCUCAACAAUGUUUCCAAGUUUGCCUGAAGAUUAGAAAGAAGCAAGCGAUGGUCAGCUUCAAAAAAAUCAAACAAUAUCUCUCAAUUAUAUUGAUUUGAUUACUACAAUACUACAUAUAAAUAUAUAAUGUGAAAAGAAGUUUACUGACUGUGAUAACUGCCAAUUGAUCAUGCACCAUUAGCUGCACAGUACUGUUUAAUGAAAGCCACCUAUUCUUCUACAGAUACCUGCGACCAGUCAUUGACCAUUGGUACUGUCAUACAAGCGAGUUCAGCCAUGCUACCAUGCUGCCCAGUACGACACACCUCGCCCAGCGCACCUUUUGCAGACAAGAACUGGGAAGUUUGGACAGACGAAACAGGCGCUCGUCUUGCCGAUGAAUACAUUCAAUUUGAUUUUGAACACAAAACGACCGUGCGACGAAUUUAUACUCAUGGUUUCUCUCAAAAGAACCAGUUCACGAGAAGUUUCCACUUAUCAUACAGCCAGAACGGUGCUCAUUGGAAGUAUGUGACGCAGAUGGGAAAGAAAAAGGUUAGCAUUAUUAUUGUCAACAAAAAAGUUCUUGACUUGACUUUUUAAAAUUUAAUAUUUGUGUGAGCGAAUGACUUUAGGAAACUCAAGUAUAUUUAACUUUAGUUGUUUGUGGGUUUUUUCACCUUUGUGAUUCGUUUUUUACUUCAGAAUAUGCAGAGAAGAGUGCUUCCCUGAGGGUAUUUCAGUUCCUCAAGUUGAUGGUCAUCACUAGAUCUCUUUACAGAACCUUAAGCCUCGGUCAAAUGAGGAUGAGAGUUGAUGAGAAUUGCAACUCUCGCUCAUGUUUGACCGUCAACGCUCAUCGACCUGUCAUUGACGUUGAACUGGUUCAAAUUUUAAGUAAUGAGAGUUGAUAAGAGUUUUCGCUCUAGCGCAGUAAUAUCUAGCCAACGGACCUUUCCCCUUAUAACUAAAAUUUUGAUCUAGACAAGUUUAGACAAAAAUGUCAUCACAGCUUGAAAGAGCAUCACAAAAUUAGUAAUAUUCCAAAGUUUCGUUGCGAAAUGUUGUAAAAUGCGGAUAAUAUAGCCUUGCGAAGUUUGCCGUUGUUCAGUCAUUUUGUAUUACGCACGGGAAAUUGAUGCGGCCCCCAACACCCGAUUGGGCUGUCAAUUUCCCACGCGUAAUACAAAAUGACUGAAAAACGGCAAAUUUCGCAAGGGUAUAUUAUCCGCAUUUUACAACAUUUCGCAACGAAACUUUGGAAUAUUACUAAUUUUGUGAUGCUCUUUCAAGCUGUAAUGAAAUUUUUGUCUAGAUCAAAAUUUUAGUUAUAAGGGGAAAGGUCCACUCUCAUACAACUCUUGUUCUCAUUUGACCGAGACAUGAAAGUUGAGAAAAUUCCCAUGCAAACUCUCGCUUCUCAACUCUCAUCAACUCUUGUUCUUGUUUCACCAGAGCUUAGAACUGAGUUAUCAAGUCCACCUAUUGUUUUUGCUUCACCGACACCGCAGUGGGAAUCGAACUCUGAACACAAUCAUUAACUGAUAAAGUUAGUUCAGGUUUCCAUCGUAGUAACAGUGGACCUUUAGAGGGAACAGUUUAGAACUGAUGCAGCUAUCCAGUAUAAAUAAAGAUACAUUAUUUUAGGUUUCCUCCUGUACUCUAAAACGGCAGUUUAAAACUCUGAGGGCUGUGACAUCAUGACGUUUCAUCUUCUAUUUCUGUGAUUAUGCAGGAGUUCAAGGCAAACACAAACGCGGUGGAUGUAAUUUACAAUCUACUUCCAACACCAUUGACUGUCUGGUUUUUACGAAUCCACAUUGUGAAGCCCAGUACUGCUAUUGCUGGGACAAAAUUGAAGCUAUUCGGUUGCGAAGAUACUGCUGCCACAAAACCAUGUUAGUAUAAGAGUACUGGGGAUGUUUUUAAAUAAAAGCUGCACAUGCCUAGGUUUGUGUCCGAAUUACAGAAAAAAGAUUAAAACACUUCCAGAGCCUUGUGUUAGGAGGAAUUAUCGAGGUGUUUUCAAUCUUUUUGUUACGUAGUUUAGACACAACCCACAACUUAUAUAGACGACAUUAAAACCUCUUCAUCAUUUGUUUUAGACGAAGCUUAUCAACGAGGAUUUAUUGCGGCUGUUGAUUUACUUAUUUUAUGCAAUGUCCAUCCAGAUAGGUUAGUGAAUUCAGCAACUAGAAUACGCAACAUGAAGUGACAAUAUUUUCACAUGAAACUAUAUGAUUCACUAACUUUCAGUAAAACCUGUUUUCAUAUUUCAGAAUGCAAGCCAAACCAAACUGCUAUCGAAGUAUAGAUGCGGGAUUAAAGUGGGACCGUUAGUAUUAAUAGCUAUAUAUAUCUUUGUAUGUUUAAAAACUGUGUCCUGUUUUUUCACGACCUUUUACAGUCUGAACUGCCCACCAUUUGAGGCUAUUGUUGCUGCAACUUGCAAUGCAAUUAUACGGACAUGAUAUAGUGAUGUCAGGUUACGAGGUUUUGGACAGUGUUGGACAGCUUUUCACUUUUCUGUUAUAUUUUCAUUCUCAUUCAUUUAUUUCGUACAGAGGUAGUAUGUCCGGUAAGGAAUUUAAAGGUCGGCGGAACAAAUUGAGAAUCAAGUUCUUACUUUUACUGUGAGUUUUACUUUUACAUAAUGUCACUCUACCAGAGUUGUUUUGCAAGUUGCAGCAAACAUUUCUUCGUGUAACACGGCCUUUAAAGGGUAAGAGCAAUGAAUUCCAAGUCUGACAGUCUCGCCAAAGAGCUCACAGUUCAAAACAAAUCAAAUCAUUCAAAUCUAUAUCGAUGAUUCAAUUGACUAAUCUAGCAUACAAAAACAUGAAGGUUUUAAGGGUGCUGUGAACUGUCAAAAAAUUGACCCAGCUUGUGACGUCAUCUCAUUAACAUAUCACUGAACCGAAGAAAGAUAUAAAAAUCUUGUAAAAUGUCUUGUUCUACAUUUUAAGAAGUUCUUUCAAUCCAAACGUACUUAAAAUUUGUUGCCAAUCAUGUACCCUUUAAAUCCAGAAAUACUGCAAAAACAUUAGUCAGGCAUGUUUCCCAAAGGUGAGCACACCAGGAGUCAUGUCACUCUAUGUAUAUAUUUUCCUAGCAAUGCAUCCAAGUAUUGUCAACGUGAUUGGCCUUGACGAAGCCACUGGAAAAGUUUACGCUCUCGGUGUGACAUCAGCAGACACUCCUAUUUACAUGGAGGUAAUCUCCUCUCAAUCUGUGCGCGUGAUUUCUGAAGCUGACUGGAACGCAGUGAAGUCUGGAUGUUCUUUACCAAUAGUGAUUCCUUUAUACCCAGUACAUGGUAAUCCUUUGUACCAAGUGUCUGGAACAUCCAAAACUGUUGGAUCAGUUACUUAUGUUGGUAAGAAAUUUCUAAGAAGUGAUUGUGUGAAUAUAUUAUUAUAUAGAUUGUACUGGUAUGCAGCUAAUUAAAAAAAUCUUCUCCUUCCAAACGCCCGCACUAAACGCCUGCUACGCAGGCUAACGUUCUUGAAUCUCUUGGUUGCGUGACUUUAGUAGAAAGAAGAUAAGACAAAAGAUGAAAUCAAUUCUUCUGUAGAAAAUUUUAAAUGACAACACUGCCACUAAUUUGAAAGAGUCACUGAUUAGGAGUAGUUCAUUGCAGCUUCAUUAUAAUCUUAGAAACAGUAAUACUGAUAUAUAGUCCUUCUAAAACCGAGAAAGGAGUUCCGGAAAAAGAUUUGUAAAUAUUUUAGUUGGUUUGUGAAGCCCCAUCAUGAAGACCAACUCCUGUUGACGAGGCUAUAUAGCUUCUUUAAAUAAAUUUUACAUACAUACAUAUACACGCAUUUCAUCAUACCAUGCAAUCAACGAUCCACACUACACCAUAUGUACCACACUACACCAUUUCAUCAACAACAACAACAACAAACAACAAACAACAAACAACAAACAACAAACAACAAACAACAAACAACAAACAACAAACAACAAACAACAAACAACAAACAACAACGACAACGACAACGACAACGACAACGACAACGACAACGACAACGACAACGACAACGACAACGACAACGACAACAACAACAACAACAACAACAACAACAACAACACUUUUAUUUUCACUCAAAUAUAUACAAAUUUCUUUAUGACCCACAAAUGGCAAAAGAUAAUCUAAGCGGGCCAUCAAGAAAUUUGUAUAUAUUUGAGUGAAAAUAAAAGUUUUGUUGUUGUCUGUUGUUGUUGGUGAAGUAUCACCAUACCAUACCACACGCCUUACUACCAUACCACACGACACUAUUCUACAGCAUAUCACACCACAAGCCCAAAUCUCGUCUUUUUAAAUCCCAGUGCGUUGAUUGCACAGUCGACAUUUGUAUAAUUAACUUAACUCCAUUAUUCUUUGCAGCUUCGCCAGAAGGCUUGCUCAAAGCCGGUAAUCCUAGCCAAAUGAUUGCAUCCUGGGCUGAAUUCAAAUAAGGAAGGACGAAAUGGAUAUCUCUUUUCUUUUAAAACUCAUGUUUUAUAUAAUCGCACCUUAAUACCAUAUAGCACCAUUUAAAAACAAUCUGAUUCGCAUUAAUACAGUAUUGUUUUCGGUCAGGGACGAGUAUUAUUUUCUCACGAGUCACGACUUAUCAUUGCAUGGCAAAAACUGACAUAGAUGUAACUAAAUUGUUUCUGAACAUUUGUCGGUCAUUUUUCACAAAAGUGAACAGCAGUUUACUUUGUUUGACUGUUUAUUGUAACACCAGUUGAACUGUUUAUGGAAGAGUUCUGCCGUGGUGUCAGAGCAAAUAUGUGAAAAAUGUUGAAUGUUUUCAGAGCACUGCAAUAAUUAAAAUAUUGAAAAUAUAUAAUUAGUGGAGGCACUUAGGUGGCACUUAGAUUUGACGACCAUACAGGCGUAAUUUAAUCUUAAUGGUAUUUAUUUAUUUAUUUA